AUGACUUUUCUUGAGAGUAACCCAGACUGUGUUCGAGUUCCCAUAACGAAAGAGAAAGCGACUGCACUUCACGUUGCGGUGAUUGCAAAACACACCACUUUUGUAGAAGAAUUGUUGAAAUUGAUGACUCCGAUGGACUUGGAAUUAAGAGCCAUUAAUGGAUUUACGGCCCUUCACUCAGCUGCUCAAUCAAGAAUCGUUGAAAUUGAUAAGCAGCUGGUGGAAAUCAACGAUAAACCGCUAUUGAUCCCUGAUUACAGUGGAGACAUACCAUUGAACGUUGCAGCAUAUGUAGGACAUACAAACAUGGUCUCGUAUCUAUUCUCUCUGACUCCUCUUGAACAGUUGACUGCUGAUAAACACAUUAAGCUCCUUGAGUGUACUAGUUACAAUGAUAUGUAUGAUGCAGCAUUGAAAAUUUUGGAAAUGUAUCCAGCCAUAGCAAGUGCCGACAUUGAAUUUGGGUGGAGAGCUUUGGAAAUGUUAGCCAGCAAACCUUUGGCAAUUGGCAGCGAAAGGUUCAAAGGGAUUUGUAUCAAAGCUUUGAUGAAGACAGUAGCCCAUCAAUUAGUUGAAGUCCUUUGGAAAAAUGUUGCAAUUCUAGACAAACAGUCCUCAUCAUACUUGGUUCACUCUCAUAUUACUUUACUUUUUGAAGCUACAAAAGUUGGAAAUCUUGAAUUUCUAAAUAUAAUUACAUGCUCUUAUCUUGACCUUUUAUGGCAAUUGGACGAAGAUAACAUGAGUUUAUUUCACAUUGCUAUUAAAUAUCGACAAGAAAGUGUGGUCAAUCUAAUAUAUGAGACAGAUACUAUCACAUACAGCCUUACAUCCCUUAUUACUUUGAAAAACAGGGACAACAUACUGUACUUAGCUGAAAAUUUGGCUCCUCUUGAUCGAGUCAAUAUUGUAUUAGGAGGCUUUAGAAUGCAACGAGAAUUGUUGUGGUUUAAGGAAAUAGAAACGAUUGUCCCGCCGUCAUACAUGAACAUGAAGAAUAAAGAUGGCUUAACACCUAAGGAGUUAUUUAAAAAGAAACAUAAAGAUUUGCAAAUAGAAGCUGAAAUGUGGAUGGAGAGCACAUCAAACAAUUUCAUGGUUGUGGCAAGAUUAAUUGUCGCUGUCGUUUUUGCUGCAGUCUUCUCUGUGCCAGGCAGCAACAAUCAAGAACAAGGCACUCCUAUUCUUUUGAGAAAUACUUGGUUUAAGGUAUUCUUCAUAUCAGAUGCAAUUGCACUAUUCUCCUCUUCGGCUUCAAUACUACUGUUCUUGUCAAUGUUCGUGUCACGUUACAGAGAAGAGGAUUUCUUAGUGUUAGUUCCUUCAAAGUUGUUGCUUGCACUAGCCACACUAUUCAUAUCCAUUAUGGGCAUGAUGGUAGCCUUUAGCGCAGCAUGUAUUUUGAUGUAUAGUCGUGGAACGUCAUGGGCUCCAGUUGUUUUAAGCGCUUUGGCAGUUAUCCCAAUUACUUCAUUUUCUCUGGUAAAUUGUAAAGAGCUAUUUGUUGAUUUAAUGGUCUCAUCAUACAAGUCCAGAUUUCUUUUCCUCCAGCCAUCUAAACGUAGUAGACUUUUCUCGCAGAAGAUGCCAAAUCGAGAAUGGAUUAAUAGAAAAUAUGAAAUUCAAGCCAAACGAAAUGAAAGGGAAAAUGUCGGAGGUUCCAGGAAUGUUGAAGAAAGAAGCCAAAGGAAAGAAAUUGAGUUAACUCCGUCAACGCCUUUUGGUUGA